GCAUCCUCAAGUAUCUAGAUGUAAAGUCAAAAGUAAACUGCUUUUCAUGUACAUGUUCAUUUUGCGUAUAGGCGGUAGAUCAUGUUUCAGGUCUGUUUAUAUGUAGGAAUUUUGACGAUUUCAAGCGCGUAUGUCAACGUUGCACUCAACAAACCAGCAUACCAAGAGUACCCCUUGUCACUAGGCAACGACAUGUAUAUUUAUGACGCAAACAACGCUGUGGAUGGUCGCAAAACUAACAUGAGUUGGUAUGGAGGUCAAUGUGCUGUAUCAGAGUCAUACAAACACACUGCCACCUGGUGGGUGAACCUCACUAGCGUACAUAGCAUCCAUCACAUUAUUAUAUACUACAUAAAAGGUUCCUACUUCGAACAUUACAUUGACUGCUUUCUUGGAUUCUCGGUGUACGUAUCCAAUACAACAGAUAUAUCACAAGGAAAAUUAUGUUUCAAAGACAACUACUUCACACGAGGCACCAUACCUGUAGUCUUCACAAUUACAUGCAUUGUCCACGGGCAGUAUGUUAUUUACUACAAUGAGAGACUGCAAGGAGUUAUCUAUCCGGACGACUAUUCGACGUACGCUUACACUGGUCUCUGUGAAGUAGAAGUGAAUGGCUGCAUUACAACGGGAUAUUUCGGACCAAAUUGCUCCAUUCCCUGUCCAGACGUUAACUGUCAGUACUGUCACAUAGAGACGGGCACAUGUCAGGGCUGCAAACCAGGGUACAGAGGACACACUUGUGAAUUAGUCAACGUUGCACUCAACAAACCAGCAUACCAGGAGUACCCCCUGUCACUGGGCAACGACACGUACAUUUAUGACGCAAACAACGCUGUGGAUGGUCGCAAAACUAACCUGAGUUGGUAUGGAGGUCAAUGUGCUGUAUCAGAGUCAUACAAACACACUGCCACCUGGUGGGUGAACCUCACUAGCGUACAUAGCAUCCAUCACAUCAUUAUAUACUACAUAAAAGGUUCCUACUUCGAACAUUACAUUGACUGCUUUCUUGGAUUCUCGGUAUACGUAUCCAAUACAACAGAUAUAUCACAAGGAAAAUUAUGUUUCAAAGACGACAACUUCACACGAAGCACCAUACCUGUAGUCUUCACAAUUACAUGCAUUGUCCACGGGCAGUAUGUUAUUUACUACAAUGAGAGACUGCAAGGAGUUAUCUAUCCGGACGACUAUUCGACGUACGCUUACACUGGUCUCUGUGAAGUAGAAGUGAUUGCUUGCAAGAGAGGAUCGUUUGGCAUUGACUGUAAUGAAACAUGCGGACAUUGUCGUGACAUAAACGAAUGCUCCAAUGUCGAUGGCACUUGCUUAACUGGAUGUGCCGAUGGUUAUGAGGGAAACUUGUGCAAUGCUCCAUGUCCUGAUGGGUUUUUUGGCAAAGAUUGUUCAGAGAAAUGCAUUGCGACAUGCGCUGGGUGUAAUAGAUUCAAUGGUUUGUGUGAUUCUGGGUGCAUAUAUGGCUGGCAAGGAUAUUUCUGCAAUCAAGUUAACGUUGCCCUCAAUAAACCAUCAUACCAGCUCGAUCAAUUCCUACCACGUGACGACACGUAUGACGCCAGUAACGCUGUGGACGGACGUAAAUCUGACCUGAGAAUGCACGCUGGGCAAUGUGCGAUAUCAUUCUUAUCAACAACCGCCACCUGGUGGGUGAACCUGAGCAGCAUCCACAGGAUUCAUCACAUCACUAUCUUAUUCAGGACGAGCAAUGACGGUAUACAUUUUCUUGGAUUCUCCGUGUAUGUCUCCAAUACGACGGAUAGAUUACAGGGGACAUUGUGUUUCAAGGACAACAACUUCACAAUAAACACAAUACCUCCUGUCUUCACAACAAACUGUUCUGUCCAGGGACAAUAUGUCAUCUACUACAACGAGAGACUACCUGGAGUUGUCUACCCUGUCGGUUAUGCUAGUAAUGUAAAUAAUGACCUUUGUGAAGUAGAGGUGUAUGGUUAG